AUGUCUUUCCGUGAUCUCCGCAAUUUUACAGAGAUGAUGAGAGCCUUGGGAUACCCUCGACAUAUUUCCAUGGAAAACUUCCGCACACCAAAUUUUGGGCUUGUAUCUGAAGUGCUUCUCUGGCUUGUGAAAAGGUACGAACCUCAGAAUGACAUCCCUUCUGAUGUUGAGACUGAACAAGACCGAGUUUUCUUCAUUAAGGCAAUUGCCCAGUUCAUGGCCACCAAGGCACAUAUAAAACUCAAUACCAAGAAGCUUUAUCAGGCAGACGGGUAUGCAGUGAAAGAACUACUGAAGAUCACCUCUGUCCUUUACAAUGCUAUGAAGACCAAAGGCAUGGAGGGCUCUAAACUAGGAGAGGAAGACGUCAGCAAGUUCAAGUUUGAUCUUGGCUCAAAGAUUGCAGAUUUAAAAGCAGCGAGGCAGCUUGCUUCUGAAAUCACUUCCAAAGGAGCAUCUCUAUAUGACUUGCUGGGCAAGGAGGUGGAGCUGAGGGAACUGAGGACAGAAGCAGUUGCCAGACCUCUGGAAAUAAAUGAGACUGAAAAAGUGAUGAGAAUUGCAAUAAAAGAUAUUCUGGCACAGGUUCAGAAGACAAAAGACCUGCUCAAUAACGUGGCCUCUGAUGAAGCUAACUUAGAAGCCAAAAUCGAAAAGAGGAAAUUAGAGCUGGAAAGAAAUCGGAAGCGACUGCAGACUCUGCAGAGCGUCAGGCCAGCGUUUAUGGAUGAAUAUGAGAAGAUUGAGGAGGAAUUGCAGAAGCAGUAUGAAAUUUAUCUUGAGAAGUUUCGGAAUCUGGCUUAUCUGGAGCAGCAGCUGGAGGAUUAUCACAGGAUGGAGCAGGAGAGGUUUGAGGAAACUGAGAACACUCUCCGUCUGAUGCAGAACAAGCUCAAGGAGGAAGGAAAACGUCUGCUCAAGAGCGGAAGUAAUGAUGACUCUGACAUUGACAUCCAGGAGGACGAUGAAUCCGACAGUGACAUGGAAGAGAGACGGCUGUCCAAGCUGCAUACGGCCAUGGAGGUGCUCAUGCAAGGACAAUCCAGCAAGCGCGUCGUGGGCACAAUGCAGGGUGGAGACACGGACGAUGACGAAGACUUGGAGGACAGUGAGAUUGACAUGGAGGAUGACGAAGAAGACGACGAUCUGGAAGAUGAGAGCGUGGCACUCUCACCAGCUAAGCCCAGUCGAAGAGGCCGGAAACCUGAGCCCCUGGAUGAGAGUGACAGUGACUUCUGA